AUGAUCAGCCAGAACAUUUCCUCUGUCUGCCGGAGACACACGCAAACUGUAUAAAGCAACCUCUCUCUAUAGGCUUGGACUGGGCUAGGCUGUAACCAAAUCUUGGCCAAACACAAUCUCUGCAUAGCGCUGGAUGGAUACAGCAGCAUAAUCUACGCCGCGGAAAAUACACUGAGAAUGAUGUGAUCGCAGGGGACUGGCAUCUGACAGAUGGUAGAAUCAUAUAACUAUGCCAGUGAAUAUGAAGAAUGUUCCUUGUUGCCUGAUUCAAGAGAUGGGUGCCAAGACAUUGUGGGCAUCCCUAAGCAUCUUAAGGAUAGCCUGGUGUCUUCUUCCACAGACAGGGUAUCUGCACCCUGACGAAUUCUUCCAAUCACCAGAAGUGAUGGCAGGUGACAUUUUAGAUCUUGACAUCAAUAGGCCAUGGGAGUUCCUUCCAACCUUCCCAUGCAGAACAGUUGUUACCCCUCUACUAACAUCUGGGGCUGCAUUCUGGAUUAUUAAAUUGUUACAUCAACUGGAUUUUAAGGUUACUUCCGCAUGUGGCUAUGUUCUUCUAGUUCUUCCCAGACUGCUCAUAACACUCCUGUCCUUCAUAUUGGACUAUACAGUGUUCCAUAUAGCACCUGCAUGGGGAUCAAAUCGUUGGAAUGCUAUGAUUCUUCUAGCUGGAUCUUAUGUCACUCUCGUUUUCUACACAAGGACAAUCAGCAAUGCUAUGGAAGGAAUUUUCCUUUCUGUAAUCCUCCUAUUGACAUCUCCUGAAAAGAUCCACAAGGCCAAGUCCCAUCAUUUUAUUGGCAUCAUCCUGGCUGCUGGAAUUUUUAACAGACCCACAUUUGCUGCUUUUGCACUUGUUCCAGUUCUUUUCUGGGCUGGGAAAACUAAAGACUGCUGUUUCUCCUAUCAGUCGUUUGUCACCAACGUAUUAAAGCUGCUGCCAAGCUCAUUUUCAACCUCUAUCAUUUUCAUUUCUGCUGAUACCUUGUGGUACAAAGGAUGGCUUACAUUUACUACACAAAGCUUCAUGGACCAGAUAUUCCAGAAGACCGUGUUAACACCUCUUAACUUCCUGAAAUACAACCUAAACCCAGACAAUCUCGCUCAGCAUGGAACUCAUCCUCCAAUAACCCAUGUAGUUGUCAAUGCUGUGGUCCUUUUUGGUAUUCUUCAUGUGUCUGUUGUAUUUAUAUUCUUAAAGAUGCUGAAAAGGUUCAUCAUGAAAUUAUUCCCCAAAAGUCAGUGUAACAAUAAUCAAAACAAAGAAGGUAUUCCCCAACAUACCAGUUUAUUGUUUCUCAUUUAUUUUGUCCCUCUAAUACUACUUUCACUAGUUGGCCACCAAGAGCCCCGUUUCCUAAUUCCACUUCUGUUACCUGUGGUCUUGUUGUACUCUACGUGCUACAGAACAGGAAAGAUGACUUGUGCUAUUGCCUUAUUUAAUAUUAUUGGGGCUCUUUUCUUUGGCUUUCUGCACCAGGGUGGAUUAAUUCCCAGUUUGUUUCACAUACAGCAAAUUGUACAAUCAAAACCCACCCCUGGUGAGUCCUUGAAUCAUCACACCAUCCUCUUCACUCACACAUACAUGCCUCCUAAACACCUGCUCUGCUUAAACAGAGGCCAAACACAUACGGAUGUUGUUGAUCUUGCCGGGUUUGAUGAAUCCCAGCUGUGCCAAAAAAUCAUAGAGAUUAAAAAAGACAUUUCACGUGAAAAUGUUCUGCCAAACAAGAAGAACAGGCAUCAUUUUUUAAUUAUAUUUCCUGGCACCAUAGCUGAAGUGGUCGAAAAUUGUGGAUUAGUUUUUACAGGUGAAGUUGUAUUUGCCCCACAUUUAUCUAUGGAAGACCCACCCACAUUAUUACAGCUGCUUGGAGGCAAUAUAAAAAAAUAUUUAGGGUUGCAUGUAAGAGAGAUAGAUGUGUAAAUAUUAAAUAUAAGUAUGAUCGAAGAGAUAUUCUUAGCAGAAUAAGCACAAUUUAUUAUAGUGGUUAUGAUGCUCAAGUUUAUGGUGGCAGACUUUUUGUACAUUUUGUUUUAAAUUUUUUAGUGUUUUAACAACAAAUAGGAGAUUCCCCAUCACUCUAAGCCCCCCUAUCAGCUGUGGCGUU